AUGGCCUUCAGUAAGCUCAGAAUUUUGAGAACCAAAAAGCCAGCAGCAGAAGUCCAACUUGGAGAAAGGCCAGCCGCCGUGUGUACGCAAAAGCCAGGCGCAGAAGUUACAGUUGGAGCAAGAAUGGCCGCACUGAGUACACAAACGCCAGCUGAUCAUGACGAUGACAAUGAUCAAUUUUACGAUUGUGACCCUUACGAUGAGGACGGCGACUACAAAAUGAAAGACUUACCACAAGUUGAAAUGCAAAAGGAAGACCUUGAGAGGGCAAUGAAGAAGACAGCGGCAACAACUACAAAGCGUUAA